GACUUGGAUCAGUGGAGUCGUUCUUCAGAUUGUAAAACUUGUAAAACUGAGACUAACUCCUGGCUGAAAAAGAAGGCAUUAAAAAAACAGCCAUGGUCAGGCAUUAUAUUGUUAAUGCAUAUGACUGUUUAGCGUUCCCUGUGUGGAGGAGGUGUGUGGACGGACCGGAGAGCGCAGCUGUAGAUGCUCAGGAGACCUGUUUUCAGCGCAGCUUUAUCCUUUACCACUGACUGCAUCAAGCCUUCAUGCCCUUUCACACAGCAAGGGAAAACAAGACUAAGGCGUUCCAGCCAAGAUAUUUUAAGGGAUGACAUUAAGAGAAUAGGCUCCUUGAAGUUUCCUCAUUUCUCCCACAUCAAAUCACCAAAUAUGCUGCCUAAAGAACACAACAGUGAGGGGAAAGCUGCUAAACUCAUGCAGUAUGAGAAGAAGGUCCAAGCUGCCAAGAAAGAAGAGAAGAUGUGUUACGUGGAGCCACCAGAUGGAGGAUGGGGCUGGAUGGUAGUUCUGCACUGCUUUCUGGUGAACGUGCUGGUGAUGGGGACCUUGAAGUCUUUUGGGAUCUUCUUCGUUGUGCUGCAGGACGAGUUCGGUGGCUCGUCCGAGAGCAUCAGCUGGAUCGGCUCCAUCAUGUCCAGCAUCAGACUCUCAGGAGGUCCUUUGGCUUCUGUAGCCUGUGCUAAGCUGGGGAACAGAAUCACUUCCAUCACAGGAUCUAUACUGGUUACUGCAGGCUUUCUUAUCAGCAUUUUUGCUAACAGUAUCAUCUACUUGUACAUCAGCAUGGGGCUGGUGGUGGGCCUUGGCUUUGCCCUGCUGUACCAAGCCUCAUCUGUCGUGAUAGCAACUUAUUUCCGUAAGAGGUUAGCCACUGCGUACUCCAUUGGUCGUUCUGGCAUGGGCUUGACCUUUGCGCUGGCACCCUUCACACAGCUGCUUUUGGAUCAGUAUGCAUGGCAAGGAGCUCUGUUGAUUUUGGGUGGUCUGAUGUUGAACCUGGUGGCUUCUGCAAUGCUGCUGCGGCCCAUCCAAAUCCAGCCUGUUGCCUUUCCUCAGCCUUCUUCUCCCAGCCUCAGCAGAGAUCUGCCGGCUUCUCUCACACAGACGGAGAAGAAACCACUUGAGAACGGUCAAAAUGUGACUCCAGUCAUGUCUAAUGGCAUCGCCAAAACAGAAUCUCCUUCCUUUCACAGAGAAACACUUAUCAUUGAGAACAUGUCUCUUGCACAGAGAAACUACCAAACUGUGGAGCUAACAAACCUGGUCCAGAAUGGUGGCACUAAAUUGGACAAUUGCCCAGUAAAGGUUUGUCCACAGACAAAUGGCAAAUUGACUAUGAAUUCCUUUAUACAGGAGAAGACUCCAACAAAAAAAGCCAAGGUCUUGGACUUCUCACUCUUGAAAAAUCCUUUUUUUUGUAUAUAUACUUGGUCACUUGUCUUCAGUCAGUUAGCCUACUUUAUCCCCUACUUCCACUUGUCAGCAAGAGCCAGGACUUUGGGCAUUGACCCCAUGGAUGCAUCUUUUAUCAUAUCUGUGGCAGGUAUAACAGAAACAGUGGCUCAGCUGGCCUCUGGCUGGGUGACAGACAGGAACCUUCUGCACAAAUACCACUACCACAAGGCUUAUCUGAUUCUGUGUGGUAUAGUGAACCUGCUCUCUCCUCUCGCCACCUCCUAUAUGCAGCUCAUGAUCUAUGCUGUGUUCUUUGCCAUCUUCUGUGGAGGAUACAUGGCUCUGCUCCUGCCAGUCCUGGUUGACUUGGUAGGAUCAGAAAAACUGAACAACUCUAUGGGCUUUUCUAUGUUCUUUGUGGGACUCGGCUGUCUAACCGGUCCUCCACUGGCAGGUUUUCUCUACGAUUACACCCAAACCUACGACUGCUCCUUCUACUUAGCUGGUGCGUGUUACCUGCUCUCAUCAGUCUCUCUUUUCCUGGAGCCACUCGCACAGCACUGGCAGACCAGAAAAAAGCAGCAUGAGCUGCUCAAUAAAGAGCUGGGGUGGAGCGCCGGCUGCUCCUGUCCAGCAUCUCAGAGAAACGGGGUGGUAUAGCUACACCACACAGCCAUGGCACUCAUUCUUUUCUUUUUUUUUUAACCUCCUUAUGUGGACUUGAACUGAACCCUGCAGUAGAGCACAAUAGCAACAGCCUUUGAUGAAAGAAGGUUGAAUGGCACAGAGUAUGACCAGUGUUUGAAGUCACCAUUGUGGAUAACUUUUUUGUUCCAGAGAUGAUGUGGUCUCUGAAUUCCAGUAAAGCAAAAUGACUACAUGAGAUUACAUAAAUACAAUAAGAUUACAUCUUA